UUGUCAGAAAACCCUGACAAAUCGGUGCUGCUGCUGGAAGCUGGGCCGGAUUUCGCCGAGUUCGAGCAGUGGCCCGGCGAGUUGCGGGACGGGUCCCGUCAGGAGGGGUCGGCGGCGGGCGCGCGGUUCAACUGGUCGUAUCAGGCUACCGGAACCCAGGAGCAGGACGCCCCCAUGCAGAUUGCCCGCGGCAAAGUCAUGGGUGGCUCCGGGGCGGUCAACGGGCAGGUUUUUCUGCGCGGCUUGCCCGAGGAUUACGAUACGUGGGCGCAGCAGGGCAAUGACCAAUGGUCUUUCGCCAACGUGCUGCCCUUCUUCCGCAAGCUGGAAUCAGACGCCGACAUUCGCGACGAUUUUCACGGCAGUGACGGCCCAAUUCCGGUGGUGCGCGCUCCCCGGGAAACCUGGCAUCCAUUUCAGCAGGCGUUUCUGACGGCGUGCGCCGCGUUGGGGUUCCCCGCCGAUUCAGACAUGAACCACCCUUCAUCCACGGGAUUCGGCGCGGCACCGAUGAACAAUCCGGCCGGCGUGCGUAUGAGUUGCGCUCUGGCCUACCUGUCCGCCGCGCGCCACCGGUUGAACCUGACCAUCCGCCCCAGUGUCCUGGCCCGUCGCAUCCUGUUUGAGGGCAACACCGCAACGGGUGUCGAAGUGGAAAGCGGCGGCCAGAUAUUCAACCUGCUGAUGCUGUCCGGCGUGGGCCCGGCAGGGCAUCUGGCCGAAGUGGGCAUACCGGUGGUGCAAGACCUGCCCGGCGUCGGACAAAACCUGCGCGACCACCCGCUGGUGUACGUGGACGCCGCGUUGAACGCCGAAUUCUCCUCGGACUUCUCGGGCUCACGAAUCCAGACGCUGUUGCGCUACACGACGGCCGGUUCACCGCUGCGCAACGAUAUGCACGUUUAUGUCAACAACGACGUGUCCGGCCCAAGUCCGUUGGGCAGCGACCCCGGUUCCGACCGGGCAGUGCUGCGGAUGACGUGCAUUCUGGAGCAGGCCGACAGCGCCGGGGAAAUGAGCCUGUCAUCAGCCAACCCUCACGACAAGCCGGUCAUUGACUACCGGUAUCUGCGCAGCGACUUCGACCGCAGCCGUUUGCGGGAGGCCGUGCGUCUUUGCCAACAGGUGCUGGAACAGCCCGCCUUCGCGCGAAUUGCCGGCCCAUUGGCGUCUCCUUCUGCUGAAAUAAUGGCGUCAGACGCCGACCUCGACGACUGGCUGCGCCGCAACGUCUUCACUACUUUCCACACCUCCGGAGCGUGUCGCAUGGGGCCGGACGGCGACCCGAUGGCAGUCGUCGACCAGUUUUGCCGGGUGCGGGGCUUCCAGAACCUGCGGGUGGUUGACCUGUCCAUCUGCCCCAACGUGGUGCGGGCCAACACCAACGCCACCGCCAUCAUGAUCGGCGAACGCGCCGCCGAGUGGCUGUAA